ACGCCUUUCAGUUUGAAUUGUUGACGUAGGACGCUUACGCCCCACGAUUAUCAGUUUCGGAUUUGCUGCUCUCCUCUGGCUAAAUCUGGUCCGCCAGCCAAAGCAGCUAUAGUAGAGAGGCCUCUGCCUGUACUUCCUGCGUAUGCCACAAGUUUACAGUACAUAUCAGCUCAUUUGUGUUCAGGCACGCUAGUUGCUACUUUCACCAGAUGCAUAUGUCGGCUGGUGUGUCCAGAUGACUCAUCAGGAGCAGCAGGAGAUCCUGUUUAGGGAGAGCCUGGAGGCAGCUAUGUCCUGGAUGUUGGCCGUCCAGGAGCGGCUCCGGCUCAACGACAACACCCAGGGCCCCCGGGCCGCCCUGGAGGCCAGACUCAGAGAGACAGAGAAAAUCCACCAGUCGGAGCACGAGGGUCAUGUGAAGUUUGACAAGGUGCUUGUAGCUGCAGAGGUCUUACUGCAGAACGGUAACCAGGGGACAAGGAACAUCACCCACGCCAGACUCAAAGAACUCAAAGCAUUAUGGGAGGAGACCUGCACCUACAUCAUCCACUGCCACAGUCGUAUAGAGUGGGUGUGGCUGCACUGGAGUGAGUACCUGAAGGCGUAUGAGGAGUUUGAGAUGUGGCUGGUCAUCGUGCGUCGCAGUCUGGAGCCGGAGGUGGAGCUGCAGCUGGGGGUGAAGGAGAAAUUGUGGCAGGUAGACAACCAGCGCAUCCUGCUGAGUGACGUCCAGAACCAGGCACUGUUGCUGGAGAGGCUGGUGGACGAGGCUGCAGCGCUGCACAACCGCAUCCAGGAUCCCAGUGUGGACCAGGAAGCACAGGAGAGACUCCAGCUGGCCUAUAACAGCAUACGGGACAAGGCUGAGGAGAGGUUGUCGGUGCUGCAGAAGAUAGCUGAAGAGCACCAGAUGUACCAGAGAGAUGUCCUGAAGUUCCAGGCCUGGCUGGUGUCCAAGACUAAGGAGCUCAACACCCUCACUGAGACAGAGGACACAGCCGAGAACAAACUCCGAGCCCUACAGACCCUGGAUGACAACGUGUCCAGUGAGGAGAGGACACUGCAGCACAUCGAGGUCAUGGCGGAGGCAGUGCGGGCCAACACGUCCCCCGGGGGGGCGGAUGUGGUGGUGGAGGAAGCAGAGGAGCUGCGUCUGGACUGGCAGAGGCUGAGACAGAGCUUGUGUGAGGCCGGAGAGAGCCUGAAGAGCAGCCUGGACUCUCAGAGCCAGUACCAGAGCCGCUGCCAGCGCCUGGGGGAGGACAUCAGGCAGCUCCUGGGCCUGCUCCACAGACUGACCAGAGACCUGGAGACAGCCAGGGAGGGAGACAGGACCAGAGAUCUGGAGACAGCCAGGGAGGGAGACAGGACCGGAGAUCUGGAGUCAGCCAGGGAGGGAGACAGGACCAGAGACCUGGAGGCAGCCAGGGAAGGAGAUAGGACCGGAGAUCUGGAGACAGCCAGUAAGGGAGACAGGAUUGAGGAACAGAUGGUUGGGCAGUGGAGGAAAUACAUGAACAUCCGGAAUACUUUAUUGGCAGAGGAAUCCCAGGUGGAGCACCUCAAGGCCCAGCUUAAAGAACUCUUCCGCUUUUCCCAAGAUUCCCAGCAUCUCUCUGUCGACGUCCUGGCUGUGGUGAAGGAACAGCAGAGUGUGAAGUGUCGUGCUGUGAAGCUAUGUGUGGAGUCAGAGUUGGGGCUGAGACAAGUGCUGCAGGACCCUCUGCAUGGAUUCUCUCAGUGGAGUCAGGUUGUCUCUCAAGUGCUGGAGUCUUCUGCUGAAGUGUCUGAGUUCUCACACGUCGCCAUGCUGGUGCAGAACAUCCAGAGGUUGCUGAAGCACAGUCUGCAGCUGCAGGAGCAGUUGCGUUUGAUGCUGUUGAAGAGAGAUCUGCUGUGUUCAGUGUUCGGCUCAGACAGAGCAGAGAGUCUAAUGACAGAGCUCAAUGACACCGUGAGGAGCAGGGAGUUACUGCACAACCAGCUGCUGCAGAGGAAAGCAAGACUGCAGGGUUUGAUCUCAAGGACAAAGGACUUUGGGGACGCCUGCAAGUCAAUCAGGAACAAGCUGACCCUGCUGAGAGAGAGACUGAUCUCAGCAGACAGCCUCCAGCCAGACAUACUGGCCAAGAAGAGCCAGUCAGACCAGCAACGGGUGAUCAAGAAGGACUUGGAGGACUGUGAGGCCCACAUCACAGCUCUGGAGACUCUGGUGUCGUCUAGCUCUGCUAACAGGACACAGUUUGAGAGGCUUUACGGAGACUGGAGAAUCCUUUACAAGUCCGUUAGGGUAAAGGUGAAGGAGAGUGAGGAGAGCAUCGGGGAGCACGAGAGUUUCCACGAGAGCCUGCUGAACGUGGAGAAGUGGCUGAUGAUUAUGAGGCAGAAGCUGGAAUCCUACCUCAGUUCUACUGGGGAGUGGAGCCUGGACAACAGACAGCAAGAGGCUGAGAGGGCACUAGGUGAGUUCCCAGAGAAGGAGCUGCAGCUGCACCAGACAGAGGUGCAGGGCCAGGGGGUGCUGGAGAGGACCUCUGAGGAGGGACGAGUGCACAUCCUCAGGGACAUGAAGCACCUGAGAGAGUCCUGGAUGGCCCUCCAUGACCUCAGCCUCAACCUCUUCAGGCUGCUGAAUGGGCACAGCUCUGAGGACCCUGACUUAGACACCCAGAGGGAGAGGGUGAGAGGCCAGGCUGGGGAGAGGCCAGGCCCAGGCAGGGAGCUCUUUCCUGGGGAGGGAGGAGACAUGAGCAAGGGUAGUGGCUCCAGCAGCAGUAGGGAGGGUGCUCUAGAGAGAUCCCCAGGAGAGGGCCAUGGGGUGGGGGCUGGGAGAGGGGGAAGAACAGGGUUAGGAGGAAGGUUGGAGCAAGGGGAAGGAGUGCAGAGUUUUGGAGCAGAAGAGGGUAUUUGGUUCGAUGGAGCGUUUGAGGGCAGUAUGGAGGUUAUGGAUCUCUCUGAACAUGGAGAGAGGCAGGGCAGGGAUCGACAGACUCUUGGUCAACAACUGAGUCCUAUGACGUUAACCUUGGCGGGCAGUCAGAGACAGAGACAGGGCGGUGGGAGUGGAAGCAGGGACAGGGAGAGGGAAAGGGAGAAGGAGAGGGGUGGCGGUGAGCACAGCCUGGGUGUAGAGGAGGUGGACUCCUCCAUCGUUUGGAGAGGGGGGUACGAUCAGAGGGGAGAGGAGGGAACCACAGGGAUGACAUCAGGCCACACAGGGGGCAGAAGCACCCAUGGUAGAGGAGGUGGGGGGGUGGUGGUGGACUCUGGCUCCAGGGUUAGCGGGAUGGUGGGGGACUCUGGCUCCAGGGUUAGCGGGGUAGUGGGGGACUCUGGCUUCAGGGUUAGCGGGGUAGUGGGGGACUCUGGCUCCAGGGUUAGCGGGGUAGUGGGGGACUCUGUCUCCAGGGUUAGUGGGGUGGUGGGGGACUCUGGCUCCAGGGUUAGCAGGGUGGUGGGGGACUCUGGCUCCAGGGUUAGCGAGGUAGUGGGGGACUCUGGCUCCAGGGUUAGCGGGGUAGUGGGGGACUCUGGCUCCAGGGUUAGCGGGGUAGUGGGGAACUCUGGCUCCAGGGUUAGUGAGGUAGUGGGGGACUCUGGCUCCAGGGUUAGUGGGAUAGUGGGGGACUCUGGCUCCAGGGUUAGUGGGAUAGUGGGGGACUCUGGCUCCAGGGUUAGCGAGGUAGUGGGGGACUCUGGCUCCAGGGUUAGCGGGGUAGUGGGGGACUCUGGCUCCAGGGUUAGCGGGGUAGUGGGGAACUCUGGCUCCAGGGUUAGUGAGGUAGUGGGGGACUCUGGCUCCAGGGUUAGUGGGAUAGUGGGGGACUCUGGCUCCAGGGUUAGCGGGGUGGUGGGGGACUCUGACUCCAGGGUUAGCGGGGUGGUGGGGGACUCUGGCUCCAGGGUUAGCGGGGUGGUGGGGGACUCUGGCUCCAGGGUUAGUGGGAUAGUGGGGGACUCUGGCUCCAGGGUUAGCGGGGUGGUGGGGGACUCUGGCUCCAGGGUUAGUGGGGUAGUGGGGGUCUCUGGCUCCAGGGUUAGCGGGGUGGUGGGGGACUCUGGCUCCAGGGUUAGUGGGAUAGUGGGGGACUCUGGCUCCAGGGUUAGCGGGGUGGUGGGGGACUCUGGCUCCAGGGUUAGCGAGGUAGUAGGGGACUCUGACUCCAGGGUUAGCGAGGUAGUAGGGGACUCUGACUCCAGGGUUAGCGGGGUAGUGGUGGUGGAGGUGUCUGGGUCCAGCAGUCGUGGGGGGACAGGGGAGUGGGUGGCUGGGCAGAGGUCCAGAGGGAUGGCUGAAUCCCUGGCCAUGGAGGUAGAUGUGGGGUUAGGGUCAGGCUCUGGGCUAGGGCACGGCAGCAGAGGCAACUACGAAGAGGGAAAAGGUGAAAUGAGAGACCACAGUGAAGGGGGACAUCUGAGACACAGAGGCUUUUUCCCGCCUAUCAAGACCAGGAUGGAGGAUUCAGUCAUGGAUGGUCUCACUCUUUCAUUCCAGCAAGGCUCUGCUAGAAAACCCUCUGGAAGGCUACAGGGCUCAAGUCACCACACCACGGCAGGUGUUGGGGCAACCCUGAGGGCAGGGGACUAUGAGGACAGGAGGAGGGAGUUUGAGGCCUGGCUACAGAAGGAGAACGAUGCACUCUCAGGGAUUCUCAGCGCAGAGGGACCGCUGAGCACCAAAGAACUCAAGAUCAGGCAGAACACACUCAUGACCUUGCGGUCCAGUGUAGACUGGGGUCAGGAGCAGUUCCAGCUACUACUGAUGGCUUGGGCUGUAGCCGGGGCCAGGGCUGACCGUGGGGCUGAGGAUGUGGGCAUGGAGGAGAUACGUUAUCGCUGGAUGCUCUACAAGUCCAAACUAAAGGACGUUGGAGACCUCAAGGCCCUGUUGAAUGUCAAGCAGGGUGCCAGUGCUGCUGGCCGAGAGGAACACACCAGGACAGCUAAGGAGAAGACUCCAGGCCUGCUGUACCGUGUGUGUCGAGUGGCCCUGCCCCUCUGGCUCCUGCUGUUGGCUCUGCUUCUCUUUGCCUUCUUCCUGCCCUGGAUGGACGAAGGCUCCAGCUGCUCUCUGUCCAACAACUUUGCCCGCUCCUUCAACAUCAUGCUCCGUUACCACGGACCUCCACCCACAUAGGAGAGGAGAUAUAGGACUAUGAAGACCAUUGAUCUUCACCCUCAAUCCAUUCUGUGUGUGUGUCAGUUUGGGUCAGUGAGUGUGUGUCAGUGUGUGAAUGCGUUUCUGCUGUAUGUGUCAGUGUGUGAAUGCGUUUCUGCUGUAUGUGUCAGUGUGUGAAUGCGUUUCUGCUGUAUGUGUCAGUGUGUGAAUGCGUUUCUGCUGUAUGUGUCAGUGUGUGAAUGCGUUUCUGCUGUAUGUGUCAGUGUGUGAAUGUGUUUCUGCUGUAUGUGUCAGUGUGUGAAUGCGUUUCUGCUGUAUGUGUCAGUGUGUGAAUGCGUUUCUGCUGUAUGUGUCAGUGUGUGAAUGUGUUUCUGCUGUAUGUGUCAGUGUGUGAAUGUGUUUCUGCUGUAUGUGUCAGUGUGUGAAUGUGUUUCUGCUGUAUGUGUCAGUGUGUGAAUGUGUUUCUGCUGUAUGUGUUAGUGUGUGAAUGUGUUUCUGCUGUAUGUGUCAGUGUGUGAAUGUGUUUCUGCUGUAUGUGUCAGUGUGUGAAUGUGUUUCUGCUGUAUGUGUCAGUGUGUGGAUGUGUUUCUGCUGUAUGUGUCAGUGUGUGAAUGCGUUUCUGCUGUAUGUGUCAGUGUGUGAAUGUGUUUCUGCUGUAUGUGUCAGUGUGUGAAUGUGUUUCUGCUGUAUGUGUCAGUGUGUGAAUGUGUUUCUGCUGUAUGUGUCAGCGUGUGAAUGUGUUUCUGCUGUAUGUGUCAGUGUGUGAAUGUGUUUCUGCUGUAUGUGUCAGUGUGUGGGUGGGUGACCUCAGCUGUUCUCACACAGUCAGGCCAAUUCAGCUCCUCUAUCACACAGGCUGGCAGCAUUUCACAGAGAACAGCGCUCCACACUCCUAUUCACACUAUAUUAGCUAAUGGCCACCAAACACUUAGCAUAAUGUUCGAGUAGGGAGCGGAGAUGAUGUGGGAUAAGGAGGUGGAUUUUUAUUGCCUUUAUUUAAGGGGUGAAAGGAUGCUUACAUGGUCUUAGAUAACUUAGAUAAAUAACUGAGUGUGAUCUAUCAUAUACCAAAAAUACCUAUCCUGGUUUGCUGCCAUUUUAAAGACUGGUGUGGAUAACACUUUUUUAACUGCUUUUAACCCUCACAAAUGACCUCCUGCUUUUAACCCUCACAAAUGACCUUCUGCUUUUAACCCUCACAAAUGACCUUCUGCUUUUAACCCUCACAAAUGACCUUCUGCUUUUAACCCUCACAAAUGACCUUCUGCUUUUAACCCUCACAAAUGACCUUCUGCUUUUAACCCUCACAAAUGACCUUCUGCUUUUAACCCUCACAAAUGACCUUCUGCUUUUAACCCUCACAAAUGACCUUCUGCUUUUAACCCUCACAAAUGACCUUCUGCUUUUAACCCUCACAAAUGACCUUCUGCUUUUAACCCUCACAAAUGACCUGCUUUUUUUCUUGGAUGAGUGUAAGCUGUUUUUAAAGCUUUAUUUUCAACCUGUACAUAAUGGCUUUUGCACAGAUUACCCUUAUCAAUUGUAGCACUGUGUUAAUGAUAGCCUAGCGCUUCAAUGAUCAGGAAUAGUAGAUAUUCUAGAUGCAGGAUGUUCUCAUGUCCACCAAAACACUAUAUCUGUUCUAUCAUGAGUCAAGUCAAAUCUAACAGGUACUGAUGAUAAAGCAAGUCAGUCAGUAAUGGUAUACAGGAUGUCCCACUUUUGACUGUCUAAAUACAUCGUACUUAUACUGUACUGUACUGUAGGUAUGCAUGUUUGAACAAUAUGCUCUCUUUUCUCAAGCUUCUAUGCUAUAUUUGAACACUUUCGUAAUGAUCCCUUGACACAGUUAAACCGUUUGGUGAAUAUAGCAAUUAUAAUGCCUUGUACUAUGGCCCCUGACUUUUUCUUGGACCACAGAGUGUUCUAGAUGCUAAAUUUACUUUGGUUUUUAUACGUUAUGUUCAGCAGGGCCCAGAUUAUAAGAUGGAAAUAGCCGCUGUUAUGGGAGAGGGGCCUUUUUUGAGCAGACUCUUAAAAUGACGCAAUGAACCUCUCAACCUUGACCUUUUCCCCUCUCGUUCUCUGUUGCUCGCUCGCGCUCUCUUUCUAUCUCCCCUCUCUCUCCCCCUCUGUUUCAAAUCAAAGUUUAUUUGUCUAUUUCUUCCUCGCUCUCUCUUUCUACCAUCUCCCACCUCUCUCCCCCUCUAUUUCUUCAUCUCUCUCUUUCUACCAUCUCCCUCCUCCUCCUCCCCCUCCCUCUCUCUCUCUCUCCUCACUCUCCUCACUCCCACUGAUCUUGCGGUCCAGUGUGGACUUCUGUCAUUCACUCACUUUUCUAUUUGUCCCUGUACGUGUGUCUUACUGACCUAAGGUUUGCUAGGGAAAUGGAGACCAAAUCCAGUUAUUCUAUUAGUGUCUUAUCACACAUGUCUUUACGAGGUUAUAACCCACAAAUAGCUUUGCGAUGUUUUAAAUUUGAUUACAUUUGAACUGUUAGCUUUUGUUGGGAGUGGGGGUCAGUGUGUGUUAGUUCGACUGAAACCUGUCUCGUCUCAGAAUGUUGAAGUAUAAUCUGUGUCUGUUCUCUGUCAGGGAAGGUCUCAGAGGGCUGUCUUCGUCUGUCAUUGUGAACGUUAAAUGACUGAACAACUUUAUUCUUAAGGAAAAAUAGAAGGAAACUGCAUGCCGGCCCUACUUGUACAAAACUGUAUUGAAGGCAUACAUAGUAUUACAGUUGAGUGCAUGCUGGAUUUGAACUGAAUAUUUAUACCAGUCUACUGUUAUCUAUAAACAACUUAUGCAAUGCGCUUCUUCAAUAUAAUUAUCCAACAUAUCUAGCUCUUAGGAGGCUUUUAAAUUAAUGUUAAACUUAAAUACAAGAUAUAGCACAAAACAUCACCAUACUUAUACCACAGGGUGAUAUGCUGCAUUCUUUUGAGUAGCAAUGGCUACAGUGGGCCUACCUGCCAACUCUGCUUCUUGCACUGCUAUAUUGAGUAAGACACAUAUACAACCUUUUCCAAUCGACACAGGUUCAAAAACCUAGCCAGCCAUGAACUGUAUGUCUGUAGUCAAACAUAAGGAACAUCCAUAUGGACUUUCACUUGAACCUAAAGAAGUGCUCCUCUUGAAAGGAUCUGGGAAUCAAGGAUAGGAGAUGGAUAGUGUUGGGGGAUGAAGGUCAGAGUUAGCCCGGUUGCCAGUCUUUAUAGCUAACAGUACCCUCCUUGACACGGAGUAGCCUUCAAGGAGUGGAAUGUUAGCUAAGCAGACACUGGCAACAGGCUAGGUCGGAAUAUUAUAAUGUACCGUAGCAGAUUUAGGGUUGCAAAAGUUCAGUAACUUACAAAAUUCCCAGGUUUUCCAAAAAUCCUUGGAGGAUUCUGGAUUUCUUGCUUAUUCCUUACUGAUUCCGGCAAUCUACCAACUGGGAUUUCUGCAAAAUCUGGGAAUAUUUGGAAAGUUACUAGAAUUUUGCAACCCCUAAUUAGAUUCCUCUGCAGUGUGUUAUGGGCAGGAGUAGCUUUACUAAGUGCUCUGCUAAAUGUAUUCAAAAUGGAAUUAGCGUAGAUUGGAAUAGUGUGUUAUGCAAAUUAGUAUCUGCUUUACAAAAAUGAAAGGCUUUUAAACACACAUGCCGGCAGGAAUGAAGAUUCAAAGCUUUUGUAAAACAUUAAAAUAUUAUACUCUAUUUUGUUACUAUAUUUUGAAAUGAACAAAAUGCUUAAUGUUUCAACACAGAGCUUUUAUUUAACCAAUAUUUUUGUAUUGUACUCAAACUGGAAAUAAAUAUGCAAUGUGUAUACCUGACAGAA